AUGGACUGCGGCGGCGGCCGGAUAUCGGACCGCGGGGCGAUCUUCUCUUCCGACGGGCGGUGCGUCCUGUCGCCCGGCGGCGGGGCCGUGCACGUGUUCAGCAGGGCGACGGGGGCGCGGGUGGCGUCGCUGAAGGCGCACGACGACGAAGUGACCACGGUGCAGCUGGACCCCGGAGACCCGACGAGAGUUUAUGCUGCAUCGUUGGAUGGCUCUUUGUCAGUGUGGGACUAUGCACACCAGAAGCUGAUUAAGAAGAUUGAAGUUUCAAACCCUGUCUGCAGCAUGGUGAUUCCAAGCAAUGGAGCAUCAGCAGUAUUGUGCUGCAAGACCCAAGGAUCAAAGGGGCAGAUCGUUCGUCUUGAUCUUCAGAUUGGCAGAUGGUGGGGUGCAAUAAAUGUGGCUUCACCUUGCCAGCUCGUGUGCAGCCCCUCGGGGAAGUUCUUUGGAUACUGGCUGGGAAAUGAGCUUUGGAUAAAGUCAACAAAUCAUGAUAAAGAGGUCAUGUUUGUGGGACCAAACCCUUUCGUGUGUGUGACUUUUGGCAGCGAUGAUAAACGGCUUGCUGCAGGUGAUGCAACUGGGCGCAUCAGUCUAUGGAAUGACUUCACUCCAGCAGUGGACAAACAGGACCACUGGCACCUGAAGAAUACAAGGACAGUUGUUCACUGGCACGCCAACAACAACUGUCUGCAGAGUUUAUGCUUCAGCCCUGAUUGUGUUUUCUUGCUGUCUGGAGGCAAGGAAGCAGUGUUGGUCAUCUGGGAAGUAGAAACUCUGCAGAAGCGUUUCUUAGCACGCCUGGGCAGCACAAUCUUGAGCAUCAGUGUAAGCCCAAGGGACCCCGCUCUUUAUGUGCUUGGACAGGAUGGCAAUGCAAUCAGAGUGGUCAACACAGCAACGGACAAGACUGAGUGCUCGAUCCUGGGUAUCUCUCCUUGCCCCCGUGGGACAGAUGGCUGCCAGAGCACUGCAGCCUCUGUGAUUCAGCCAGGCUCUGGGUACCUGGUGGUGCCUACCAAUAACAGUGUACUCCAGUUCUACAAUGUCAGGAGGAACAAGCACGUCGCUUACCUGCAGACGGCCCCCCGCAACCAAGUGUCACUAACUGAGGCAGAAAUGGACAAGGGCUCCAAUCCUCUGGGCCCCCCAGCAGAGCCACAUGUCUCAGCAUUGGCCUUCAACCGUGAUGCGAGUGUGCUGGUGACAGUGGGCACUGUGCCACAGCCAGGUCCCUCACACUGUGUGAGAACAGAACUCAAGUUUUGGGAUGCUGCUGGGCAUUCGCAGGAGCCAUACGAGCUGAACACAAUUGUUAAUGAUCCCCACGGGGGUCUGGUGUCAUCUUUGUGCUAUUCUCCAAGCGAUGACUCUGCAGUAACCACGAGCUCAAGUGGUGACUUCAAGGUUUGGCACAGGAGAGGCUGUGGAGACGUCACUGCCUGGCAUUGUCGCUCGGUUGGAUCGUACAGAGGUGACGCCCUGGUGGUUGGUGUUCACAUAGACAAGGAAGGCCGCCCAUUAAUUGGGGGAAUGUAUUGCAGCUGCUGA